AUGCCCGAUGUCAUUGGACCACCACCUUCCACCUGCCCAGACCUGCCUGCGAUCCCCCACCUCUCUCAUUGCACCCAGGAAGAGGAGAGGAAACCAAGUCUCACCACCCAACUCACUGUUGAGUCUAUGCCAUUCAGUGCUGCCAAAGGGGAAGAAGUUCUGCUCAUCCACCAUCUGCCCCAGAAUUCUUAUGACUACAGCUGGUACAGAGGGCAGAGCAUCCAGCACAAUGGGGCCCUGCUGCUUCAGAAUGUAAGCCAGAAAGAUGAAGGAACCUACACUCUACAAGUCCUGAAGAAUGAUGUUAGUCAGAGCAAGCAAGCACCUGGACAAUUUCACGUAUACCGUAAGCCACCAAGACCAAGCAUAACAGAGGCCAAUGCUGAUGGAACGCUGCUCACAGUUUCACUUCUCUUUUUCUGGAGUUCUUCCAUCUCAGCCAAGCUCUCAAUGAAUUCGACGCUGAUCAAGGCCAUUGAAGGAGAUGAUGUUCUUCUCCUUGUCUACAAUCUGCCCCCCGACACUCUGGAGUGCACCUGGUACAAAGGGGACAAGUUAGAGUCCGACUUUACAAUUGCAGCAUACACGAUACCAACCGAAGCAGAUACCCUUGGGCCUGCACACAGCGGCCGUGAGGUAAUAUACAGCAACGGGUCCCUGCUGCUCCAGGACGUCAUCCCAGAGGACACGGAGUGGCUGCCAACACCCCUCAUCUGA